CUAAAUGCAAAAAUUUAUUUUGAAUUUGAGUUUAAUCGAACAAUCCUAGAAAGCUACUAGUUAUAAAUCAAAAUUUACGACGUAGCAUUUUUAACAGUAGUAAAUUUUAUCGUCAUCAUAAAAAUUUGAGGCGAAAAUGGGAGAUGAAGGAAGCAAGCCUGAUGAAUCUAAGAAGAAAGGGGGUGGUCAAGCCCAGAAGUUCCUUAUUGAUUUUUUGGCAGGCGGUGUAUCUGCGGCGGUGGCGAAAACCGCUGUGGCUCCAAUAGAACGUGUGAAGCUGCUUCUUCAAGUACAAGCUGCAUCGACACAGAUCACAGCGGAUACUCAAUACAAAGGGAUUAUAGAUGCAUUUAUACGAAUACCGCAGGAACAAGGAUUUGCAUCGUUUUGGCGGGGAAAUCUUGCAAAUGUAGUAAGGUACUUCCCGACACAGGCGCUUAACUUUGCUUUCAAGGAUUAUUACAAGCGGAUUUUCAUGGGCAAAUUGAAAAAGGAAGAGCAUUUUUGGAAAUAUUUUGCAGCCAGCAUGGCGAGUGGUGGGGCAGCAGGAGCUACUUCACUUCUCGUUGUAUACCCACUGGACUUUGCAAGAACGCGACUAGGAGCAGAUAUCGGGAAAGAGGGGCAACGUCAAUAUUCAGGACUUAUAGAUUGCAUAGUCAAAACAUUCAAAAGCGAUGGUUAUAUUGGAUUAUAUCGCGGGUUUUUUGUGUCAGUUCAGGGUAUCAUUAUCUACCGCGCAUGUUACUUCGGAUUUUUCGACACUGCUAAGUCUCUUCUUCCUGAUCCGAAGAAUACCAACGUUUUGGUAUCGUUUAUUAUUGCGCAGAUAGUGACAAACGUCUCAGGAGUAAUAUCGUAUCCUUUCGAUACGGUACGGAGGAGAAUGAUGAUGCAAUCUGGUCUCAAGAAAGAGGAGGUGAUGUAUAAAAACACUCUGGACUGUUGGGUAAAAAUUUUCCAGCAUGAAGGUGGAAGGGCAUUUUUCAAGGGAGCGCUGUCCAAUAUCAUAAGAGGCACGGGGUCAGCACUUGUUUUAGUAUUUUAUGAUGAAAUAAAAAAGGUAAUCGCAGUGUAAGUUUAAUAAAUCGUCAUUUUGUGUAUUUGGUUUCUGGAUGACUUGCACCUUUUUGGUAAAUUAAUGACUUGGUAAUUUUGUAAUAAAUAGAUUUUCAUAAG